GCGGGUGAUGGCAGAAAGGACUGGGAGGGUCGGGAUGCAGGUAUGAGAGGGUAAUCCCGGGGGCAGCCGGGAGGUGAAUGCCGUGAAGGCGUCCAUCCGCUGGGGUGUGAGGAACAUGUAGCUACCCGGACGCAGCGGGUGGCUUGGGGUAGCCUCCAGCCGUGCACCGGGGCUGGGGCUGCAGGGCAACGGGGCUAUGCUAUGAGGAGGGGGCGUGAGUGAGCUUGGAUAUAUUCCAAGAAAACUGAGGACAGGUGGGGGGGCGAGGAAAGGGCAGCCCCACGGUGCAGUUCCCAAUUUGAGCCCCUCCGCAAGACCCCACCCCACUGCACCCCCACUCAGGGCUGCCUCUGAGCCUUCGGUUGUCAUGGCAACCCGGGCCCGGCUCUCCCAGGGGCGGUGCCAGCUUUGCUCCCCCCAACCACUUCCUUCCCCCUCCCUCCGUGUCCCUCCCUCCUUUGUGUCAGCUGCGCCCCUGACCGGGAUGGCUGCGAAGAGAGGGACCAAGACGAGCAUGAAGAACAUGGAGAAGGAACUGCUGUGCCCAGUGUGUCAAGAGAUGUACAAGCAGCCACUGGUGCUGCCCUGUACCCACAAUGUAUGCCAGGCCUGUGCCCGGGAGGUGCUGGGCCAGCAGGGCUACGUAGGCCAUGGUGGGGACCCCAGCUCUGAGCCCACCUCUCCUGCCUCCACCCCUUCUACCCGAAGUCCCCGCCUCUCCCGCAGAACUCUCCCCAAGCCAGACCGCUUGGACCGACUGCUUAAGUCAGGCUUUGGGACAUACCCCGGGCGGAAGCGAGGUGCUCUGCACCCUCAGGUGAUCAUGUUUCCGUGCCCAGCCUGCCAGGGCGAUGUGGAGCUGGGGGAGCGGGGCUUGGCAGGGCUGUUCCGGAACCUGACCCUGGAGCGUGUGGUGGAGCGGUACCGCCAGAGUGUGAGUGUGGGUGGCGCCAUCCUGUGCCAGCUGUGCAAGCCCCCGCCACUAGAGGCCACCAAGGGCUGCACUGAGUGCCGCGCCACCUUCUGCAACGAAUGCUUCAAGCUCUUCCACCCCUGGGGCACCCAGAAGGCCCAACAUGAGCCCACCCUGCCCACCCUCUCCUUCCGCCCCAAGGGCCUGAUGUGCCCAGAUCACAAAGAAGAGGUGACCCACUACUGCAAGACCUGCCAACGACUGGUAUGCCAACUUUGCCGUGUGCGACGCACCCACAGCGGCCACAAGAUCACACCUGUGCUCAGUGCCUACCAGGCCCUCAAGGACAAGCUGACAAAGAGCCUGACAUACAUCCUGGGAAACCAGGACACAGUACAGACCCAGAUCUGUGAGCUGGAGGAGACCGUGAGGCACACUGAGGUGAGUGGUCAGCAGGCCAAGGAGGAGGUGUCCCAGCUGGUGCGGGGGCUGGGGGCUGUGCUGGAGGAGAGGCGGGCAUCGCUGCUUCAGGCCAUUGAGGAGUGCCAGCAGGAGCGGCUGGCCCGUCUCAGCGCCCAGAUCCAGGAGCACCGGAGCCUGCUGGAUGGCUCAGGUCUGGUGGGCUACGCUCAGGAGGUGCUUAAGGAAACAGACCAGCCUUGCUUUGUGCAAGCAGCUAAACAGCUGCACAACAGGAUUGCCCGAGCUACGGAGGCCCUCCAGAUGUUCCGGCCAGCUGCCAGCUCCUCCUUCCGCCAUUGCCAGCUGGACGUGGGGCGUGAGAUGAAGCUGCUGACAGAGCUUAACUUCCUGCGAGUGCCCGAGGCUCCGGUCAUUGACACCCAGCGCACCUUUGCCUACGACCAGAUCUUCCUGUGCUGGCGGCUGCCCCCCCACUCACCACCUGCCUGGCACUACACCAUUGAGUUCCGGCGCACGGAUGUGCCGGCCCAGUCGGGCCCCACCCGCUGGCAGCGGCGGGAAGAGGUGAGGGGCACCAGCGCCCUGCUUGAGAACCCUGACACAGGCUCUGUGUACGUGCUGCGUGUCCGUGGCUGCAACAAGGCCGGCUACGGCGAGUACAGUGAAGAUGUGCACCUGCACACGCCCCCAGCGCCCGUCCUGCACUUCUUCCUCGAUGGCCGCUGGGGCACAAGCCGAGAGCGGCUGGCCAUCAGCAAGGACCAGCGAGCGGUGCGGAGUGUUCCAGGGCUGCCCCUGCUGCUGGCUGCUGAGCGGCUACUGACGGGCUGCCACCUGAGCGUGGAUGUGGUCCUGGGCGAUGUGGCUGUGACCCAGGGCCGCAGCUACUGGGCCUGCGCCGUAGACCCAGCCUCCUACUUGGUGAAGGUGGGCGUCGGGCUGGAGAGCAAGCUUCAGGAAAGCUUCCAGGGUGCCCCCGAUGUGAUCAGCCCCAGGUACGACCCGGACAGUGGGCAUGACAGCGGUGCCGAGGAUGCCACAGUGGAGGCGUCGCCACCCUUCGCUUUCCUAACCAUUGGCAUGGGCAAGAUCCUGCUGGGGGCUGGGGCCAGCUCAAAUGCAGGGCUGACAGGGAGGGAUGGCCCGGCGGCCAGCUGCACAGUGCCCCUGCCGCCCCGCCUGGGCAUCUGCCUGGACUACGAGCGGGGUCGGGUUUCCUUCCUGGAUGCUGUGUCCUUCCGAGGGCUCCUGGAGUGCCCCCUGGACUGCUCGGGACCUGUGUGCCCUGCCUUUUGUUUUAUUGGGGGUGGUGCAGUACAGCUACAGGAGCCCGUGGGCACUAAGCCCGAGAGGAAGGUCACCAUUGGGGGCUUUGCCAAGCUGGACUGACCCUUCCGGGCCUCUCCUGGGCCCUGGCCUUCCAAGCCUCCUGAAGCUGGGUUAUUCCUCCCGAAGCUUCUCCCUCAAACUCUUCCUGCCAUGUGGUCCUGUCCCUUCCCCUAUGUCUGUGUCUUCCCAGGGCCUUCUCUUGACCAAGGGACUCUUCUCUGCUCGCCUCUCUGGAUGUCCCCCAUUCUCUCCACUGCCUGUUAAUCCAGGCUCCCACUCCCAUGUCUGCCCCAUGACCUGCCCUUGGCAUCUUACCCGAGUCAUGGAGACAGCCCCUUCCCCAUCCCUGCCCUGUGCUCCUCCCCAGGCUGAUUGGGAGGGAAGGCACCUGGAACACUGGGCAUGCUCCCCAGCUCUGCCCUCUGCCCUGCCAAGCUCCCUGACUCAUCCAUGCUGAACUACAGCUUUGGGGCGUGCAGGCUUUUUGGCUGGACACUGCCCAGGCACUCCCUGGUGAGGGGAAAGGGACCCUAUCAUCCUGCUUUAUUUAUUUGGGUCCCUGUACCCCCAGCCGCAUGCCUCUUAACUCCCUCUUGCAUGCUUUACCUGUCCUGCACCCACGCCAACGUGCCAAGUCUCCCUUGGGGAGCCAGCUGAGGUUGAGUGUCCCCAUUGGGUUGGGCCUGGCAAGGCCUCUGGUGCCCGCUGUUGCCUCCCCCUGCGGUGAGCACUGCUAGGCCUAUGUCAAGCAACAGCUGUUAUUUUCAUGGUUUAUAAACAAUAAACUGUGAUGCCAGGCCUUCCUGUGAUGUCUUUGCCUUCCCUGAGCCCAUUCCUCUUAGUUUCUGUGUUGGACGUGGCAGGCGGGGCGGGGCGGGGGGGGGGGAAUCGAGGGUUCCCUGCUAUAACUCAGAGCAGGGGUGCACGGUGGAUCUGGCGCAUGAGGGAAGGAGGUCCCCAAGCCCGUCGCUUCCCCGCCUUCUGCCACACCUGUACCCAGCCCAGGCCCGAGCCAAUCGUGGCCGCCAGGGGGCGCCUCGCUCCGGUGGCUGUUUGCGUCAGCCCCGCGACGGGGCGUCCGGGCGGCGGCGCCAGGCUCUGUGGGAAUGCGAUUGAGGGGGCGGGCCCCGUGCCUGGGCCCAAAGGGAUCAGGGAACCAGAACGACUUCCCCAUUCCCGGGGUGCUGGGUAGCCAACCCCAGAGCCAGAGACGGGCGGAGCGGCCAGGGAGGGGCCCAGGUCCGGUGCCAGUCCCCGGAUAUUACAUGGAGCUUUAUCGUGGCCCUGUUGACUCUGCAGCUGUUAUCGCCGCCCGAGGACUUACUUCACACCCGGACAGCUAAGAAUAGAGCCGCCUGGGGGCACCGCGCCCAGGGGAGAGGAGGGCGCGGGAGUGAAAACCAGGCCCGAGGAAAAGGGAGAGCCACGGGCGGGCGUGCGGGCGGAGCCGGGUCACGCUGGCUGACGGAGCCGCUGGGUUUCGUUUCCUCCUUCCUCUUGCGCCGCCAGCCAUGUAGGAGAGGUGACAGGUGACUCGAGUUCUUCCACCAAGCACUCCUGCGCCCCGAUGUCACCUACUUCUCAAGUGAACCCCGCUCCCUCUGGCCUUCUUUCCUCCCUCUCCUUUCCCAAGGUCUCUUCCAGACCCCCUCACACACAUUUUGACAGCCCCUCUAUCAACAGGUCACAGAAGACAGAUCAAAAGUUGGCGUGGCGGUUGGGCUUCCCUGGUGGCGCAGUGGUUGAGAGUCCGCCUGCUGAUGCAGGGGACACGGGUUCGUGCCCCGGGCCGGGAAGAUCCCACAUGCCGCGGAGCGGCUGGGCCCGUGAGCCAUGGCCGCUGAGCCUGCGCGUCCGGAGCCUGUGCUCCGCAACGGGAGAGGCCACAGCAGUGAGAGGCCCGCGUACCGCAAAAAAAAAAAAAAAAAAAAAAGUUG